GAACAUGACCCAUCCAUGUGGCUGCUUCUGUAGUAGUGUCUGAACUGGGUGGAAGUGUCAUUUUAUUGUAAGAAGGGAGCCGGGGUCAGAGCCGACGCAAGAGUAGCAUUAUGUCAAAACCGUUGUCAGAUCACGACAGAAAGAAGCAGAUCUCUGUGAGAGGUCUUGCCGGUGUGGAAAAUGUGGCAGAACUGAAGCUUGCUUUCAACAGGCAUCUCCAUUUUACGCUGGUCAAGGACAGAAAUGUGGCAUCCAAACGGGAUUACUACUUUGCUCUCGCCAACACCGUGCGCGACCACUUGGUGGGCAGGUGGAUCAGAACCCAGCAGUACUAUUAUGAGAAAGAUCCAAAACGUGUGUACUACAUCUCACUGGAGUUCUACAUGGGCCGCACCCUGCAGAACACCAUGGUGAACCUGGCGCUGGAAAAUGCCUGUGAUGAGGCCGUAUACCAGCUGGGUCUGGACAUGGAGGAGCUGGAGGACAUGGAGGAGGACGCAGGCCUGGGAAACGGUGGUCUUGGACGCCUUGCCGCAUGCUUCCUGGACUCUAUGGCUUCUCUGGGUCUGGCUGCGUAUGGAUACGGUAUCCGCUAUGAGUUUGGCAUCUUUAACCAGAAGAUCGUCAAAGGAUGGCAGGUUGAGGAGGCUGAUGACUGGCUGCGUUACGGCAACCCCUGGGAGAAGGCCCGACCCGAGUACAUGCGCCCCGUCAAGUUCUACGGCAGAACCGAGCACACCCCAGAUGGUGUGAAAUGGGUUGACACUCAGGUCGUGUUGGCUCUGCCAUAUGACACCCCUAUCCCCGGGUACAGAAACAACAUUGUCAACACCAUGAGACUGUGGUCUGCAAAGGCCCCAUGCGACUUCAACCUGAAAGACUUCAACGUUGGUGGGUACAUUCAGGCUGUGUUGGACAGAAACUUAUGCGAGAACAUUUCCCGCGUGCUGUACCCCAAUGAUAACUUCUUUGAGGGCAAGGAGCUGCGGCUGAAGCAGGAGUACUUUGUGGUGGCCGCCACCCUUCAGGACAUCGUCCGUCGUUUCAAGGCCUCCAAGUUUGGCUCCAGAGAGAUCGUCCGCACAGACUUCGCCCAUCUGCCCAACAAAGUUGCCAUCCAGCUGAAUGACACUCACCCUGCCAUGGCCAUUCCUGAGCUGAUGAGGGUACUGGUUGAUGAGGAGAAGCUGGAUUGGGACAAGGCCUGGGACGUGUGUGUCCGUACCUGUGCCUACACAAACCACACUGUGCUGCCUGAGGCCCUGGAGCGCUGGCCCAUUGACCUGUUCCAACACCUGCUGCCCCGUCACCUGGAGAUCAUCUUCGAGAUCAAUCGUCGCUUCCUGCAGUACGUUGCCUCUAAGUUCCCUGGCGACAACGACCGUCUGCGCCGCAUGUCCCUGAUUGAGGAGGGCGGAUGCAAGAAAGUCAACAUGGCUCAUCUGUGUAUCGUUGGAUCCCAUGCUGUCAACGGCGUAGCCCGCAUCCACUCGGAGAUCCUCAUCGCCACUCUGUUCAAGGACUUUUAUGAGUUGGACCCACACAAGUUCCAGAACAAGACCAAUGGCAUCACCCCCCGUCGCUGGCUGGUUAUGUGCAACCCUGGCUUGGCUGAGGUCAUCGCAGAGAGAAUUGGAGAGGAGUUUGUCCGUGACCUCGACCAGCUGAAGAAACUGUUGAAGUUCAUUAAUGAUGAUGCUUUCAUCCGUGACAUCGCCAAAAUCAAGCAGGAGAACAAGCUGAAGUUCGCUGUGCACCUGGAGGAGCACUACAAGGUCAAGAUCAACCCCCAGUCCAUGUUUGACUUUCAAGUCAAAAGAAUCCACGAGUACAAGAGACAGCUGCUCAACUGUCUGCACAUGAUCACCUACUACAACCGUAUCAAGAAGGAGCCAAACAAGCACUGGACCCCAAGAACCAUCAUGGUUGGAGGAAAGGCUGCCCCAGGAUACCACACAGCCAAGAUGAUCAUCCGUCUCAUCACAGCUAUCGGUGAGGUUGUCAACCACGACCCCGUGAUCGGCGACCGCCUCAAAGUCAUCUUCUUGGAGAACUACAGAGUCACCCUGGCUGAGAAAGCCAUCCCCUCUGCUGACCUGUCUGAGCAGAUCUCUACAGCUGGCACAGAGGCCUCUGGCACUGGCAACAUGAAGUUCAUGCUGAACGGCGCUCUGACCAUCGGCACCAUGGACGGAGCCAACGUGGAGAUGGCCGAGGAGGCCGGAGAGAAGAACCUCUUCAUCUUCGGCAUGAGGGUGGAGGAUGUGGACGCAAUGGACGCCGGCAAAGGAUACCACGCCUCUGAGUACUACAACCGUAUUCCCGAGCUGAAACAGGCCAUGGACCAGAUCGCUGGUGGCUUCUUCAGCCAUAAGCAGCCAGACCUCUUCAAGGAACUUGUGGACCUGCUGAUGCACCACGACAGGUUCAAGGUGUUUGCUGACUACGAAGCCUACAUCAAGUGUCAGGACAAGGUCAACGAACUGUACAAGAAUCCCAAGGAAUGGACCAAGAUGGUGAUCCAUAACAUUGCAGGCUGUGGUAAAUUCUCCAGCGACCGCACCAUUUCCCAGUACGCCCGGGAGAUCUGGGGCGUGGAGCCCAGCCUGGAGAAGAUCCCUGCCCCCGACGAGCAACUCAAAUAAGCUGUGCGUCCACUCCGCACAGUUCCCUUCUUCACCACUGACCCCACCACCCCACAAUAAGCACCAUUAGAUAUGCCUGAGGGAAACGGACAAUCAUUUCUUAAAGCACUUCCCACUGGGCGCACAUUGGUAGAACCAAUGUCGAUUCCACGCCCUUUUCAAUGUUGUUUCCACGCCAUUUCAACCAAAUGACGCGGCACCAACGCGGAAUAGACGUUGAAUGGACGUCUGUGCCCAGUGGGUUUAAUGACUUCAUUGAUGAAUGUCUGUUUUACUAGUCUGUAGCAUAUACAUAGAGUUCUGGCUGUUCACAUGGCUCACACCAUCACUCUUCAAACCCCUUAUCAUGACAUGCAUUGAGCCCACAAUAGCAGUAGAUGAGAAAGGAGGCAAUGCCUUCUGUUUAGUGACAACAGAGACAUGAAUUGACCGAUAUUCACUGUUCUGUCACUGAUCAGACCAUGCAUGUGUUACGGUCUAAACUGCUGUUGUUCUGGAGAGGCCAUAAGAGCUGUGUGGUGGCUUUUGCGUUUGGUUAUGUGGACUUGGAUGCGUUGCUGAAAGAGUUUGUGUUUUUUCUGUAGUUUGAGCUAUAUGCAUUUAUCUUGGCUUGAAUGCCGUCAAUAUUGUACAUGCAUUCUCAUAGCAUAGGCUCUAGUCAAUGAUGAGAACCAUCCUUCUUAGGGAACUGCCAUGAUUGUGACAUGCUUGCUCCUCCUACAUCCGCCCACCCCAUCAAUCUAAUAUGUAUGGUGGCUAAAGGACAACCUCCGUGCAAACUCUCUUCGGGGACAUAGGCCUGCAUUAAUAUAUUGAUGUGUAUCUAGUCUUUUUACUCAAUCAGAUAGAAAACCAAUGUUAAACAGCUGUAUAUUUGUCAACCUGUGUAUAUGUUUUGUUUUGACCUAAAGAAAUUGACGUAUGCGUGUAGUCCAUUUGAAGACCUCUGAGGGUCAGCCUGGGAACCAGAGAAGAAGAGCCGUGGAUAACACAGCUGCUCCACAGACGGAGGAAGUGUCAGUGAUUUGUUGUUGAGAAACCCACACAAUGGCCUUCCCAGACGUAUUUUUGUUUCACCUUACGGUAAUCAACAAUGGCCAAGAAACAACUGUGGCCAAGAAAGCCACACCUCCCCGUCUUUUCAGGAUGCUCUUCAUACUAAGACAAUAAAAAAUAGUAGACCUUUG